CAUUUGCUACAAUAGUUUACUGUCGCUUGCGUUAGGCUUUACCGUCGAAUUUCCGUAAAGCUUCGGUCUAAUUUAAUGAGGAAACGCAGCACCUUUAUGUAGUUCAUGCUAUACAUGCCAAAGCAACCCUGACGUUGGCCGUAUCGACUACAGGUUCGUAGAAUACGCCAUAUUAUCGCUGCGGCCGACACCGCCAGUCCACGGUCUGCGCAUCCAGAGGUGAAAUACCUGUGAUCUGCUACAGCCUAGUGUUCGACAACAAACUGUACAAUGGGCAAAAAGUCUCGCGAAGAUGGGUCCUCAUCCUCUGAGGAAGAAGAGUAUACCGUGGAGAAGGUUCUGGACAGGAGGGUGGUGAAAGGCAGAGUCGAGUUUCUCUUGAAGUGGAAAGGCUACUCUGAGAAGCACAACACAUGGGAGCCAGAGAAGAAUCUGGGUUGCCCCGAGCUUAUUGCUGAAUUCAUGAAAACCUACAAGAAAAGCAGCAGCAGUGGAGGCUCCACACCUGGCAGCAAAUCAAGCUCAAGCUCCAUGGAACGACCUAAAGAGUCUGGUAGCUCAAAGAAAAGGAGCUCAGAUGAUGAGGAGGGGGGGGAGGAGGAGGAGGAGGAGGAAGGAGAAGGUGGAGGUAAACCCAAAAAGAAGAAAGACGAUGACAGUGUUGUUGUUCGUGGCUUUGAAAGAGGACUCGAGCCAGAGAAGAUCAUUGGAGCCACUGACUCCAGUGGGGACCUGAUGUUUCUUAUGAAGUGGAAAGACUCUGAUGAUGCCGAUCUUGUGCUUGCUAAAGAGGCUAAUCAGAAGUGCCCACAGGUUGUCAUAGCCUUCUAUGAGGAACGUCUGACCUGGCAUGAAGACAGUGACAAGAAGGAGAAGGACGCUGUGAGUGCAUGAGAGAAUCACUUCAGGAGGGAAAUGGAGCUUGUCCACCGCAGGCAUGAGUUUCAGGCAGACAUUUUUCACCCCCCCCCC